AUGAAGGAAGGAAAUAUGCAACGCUUUCUUUCUCUCUCCCUCGCUCACGUUGCUUGUCUCUCAGUUGGGUCUCUCGAAUUGACGCUGAAUUCUUCACCUCUCUUGUUGUUUUUGUUGGUGUUGUUGUUGGUGGGUCUUUUUAUUAUCGUUCUUGCGGCUCUUUCACGCUCUUUUCCACUCUUUCGGAGCUGUCUCUCGCACUAUUUCCUUUCCGGUGUAGUGGUUUCAUCCUCUGUUGUGUUACAUUGGCACUCCCUCGUCGUCGUCGUAGCUUGGACCUAGGCACUCACUCGGCUGCUGGCUAUGGUGGAAUCACCUGCUGCUGCACCGUGGAUGUUUGUUUGCAACAAGGGAUGUGUCCAUCUCGAUACGAGGCCUGCUUCCGUGUUUUUGAAGUCUAGCACCCACGGAGCCUACACCACUACUCGCACUUGUAACGAUGGGGCACAGGUGUUGUUGUGGGAAAGACACAUCCGGAGGUUGUUCCAGUCCAUGGAGGUCCUGGCCUCGGCUAUGUCGGAUCGUUUCCCUCAUCCGCUUGGGAGUUUCAACGGACUUCAUGACCUCGUCAACCCAUCCUUGCAGGCGGGGCUCCAUAGAGCAUUGACGCUGCGAAGAUCUGGGGAGGAGAUCAACAUCACUGUUCUGGCUUCUCCCGAUCACCUUUCGACUUGUCCGGAUAGUGAGCGUGCAAAUCUCGGCUGGAACGUGAGUGUUCACAUGUCCAACUAUGUGCCAAGAUCACCACCGCCUGCUGCUCACAUAGCGGUACUAGGUUCGAGGCGCAGGCUCCCCCUUGCCAAAUUCUCCCUGUGGGCAAGCACCCGUGAGCCCUUGGAAAGGGCCAAGCCUGUGGGUGCAACUGAAAUCGUCCUCGUGUCCGACGAUGGGGACGGACUUCUCGAGGGUUCCGUCACGAAUUUCUUUGUGGUUGCGAUGAACCCUGAUCUGGAGGUGCAGACAGCAUCGCUAGACGAUGGAGUUCUCCCCGGCGUAAUCCGGCAACUCGUCAUUGAAGUUUGUAAAGAAGAUGGAAUUCCUGUCCGGGAGGUCAAGCCGUCGUGGGAAUCGAGAGGUACAUGGACAGAAUCCUUUGUUACCAGCAGUUUGCGAAUAGUACAACAAGUGGGAUCCAUUCGGCGGAGGCAACCCUGCGUACCGGAGAUGCAUCUGGAGCAUUUGAAGAACUGUGAAUGGACCGAAGUGCGCUUUCAGACACAUGCCACUGUCACCGAUCAUGUACGCAACCGGGUGCUGCAACGGGCACUUGAGGAGAGCAUUCCCGUGCGAGAGUUCUUUCGUUAGGUGUGUUACACCAACUAUUUUAGCCAAUCAAGCAGCCAUUGCAGUAAUUUCACAGCUACUCCUACAUUCCCAAUUAAUAUAUGUAUAUAUAUAUAUAUAUAUAGAUGUAUGAAACGGUGCCACCAUUCUCGAUAUCUUCACACUCUCAGAUUGCAAAAUACCUAGAGCCUAGUUUUGAGGUCGUUUACAGGAAGAAAUCAUCCAUCAAAUCUGUGUCACAUCUUAAUAAUCAAAGAUAAAUCGGAAUUUGGAGUGGGCGAA